AUGUCUGACAGCGAAGACAACGUGACUGUUCCACAAACAAAGAAAACGCGAGUAUCUACUCUCCAAACAGAGGGAUCAUUCCAUACUGAAGGUUCUGGAGAUGAUGUAGAUGAAACAUCAAGCUGGUCCAGCAAUGUCGACGAUGCAUCCAGAAGUGAAACUCCAAAUCAACCAGGACCUGGCAAAAAGGCUGGGAGAGGAAGAAGAAAAUUCAAGAACUGUAAAUUGCAAUAUAAAUUAACAAAUUAUUUAAAGGAAGACCAUGGUCAGCCCAUCUUUGGAAUCCAGUUUAAUAACAACACAAAGGAUGGAGAUCCGUUGAACUUUGCUUCUGUGGGAAGUAACAGAGUCACAGUAUAUGAAUGUCAAAAGGAAGGGAAGAUUAAACUGCUUCAGGCUUAUGUUGAUGCAGAUCCAGAGGAAAAUUUCUAUACAUGUGCAUGGACAUAUGAGGACACGUCUGGACAGCCAAUUCUAGCUGUGGCAGGCCUUAGAGGAAUUAUUAGGAUAAUAAGUCCAAUUACUAUGCAAUGUGUUAAGCAUUUUAUAGGUCAUGGAAAUGCCAUUAAUGAAUUGAAGUUUCACCCAAGAGAUCCCAAUAUUUUGAUGUCAGUCAGUAAAGACCAUGCAUUGAGAUUGUGGAACAUCAAGACAGACAUCUGUGUGGCUAUGUUGGGAGGUGUGGACGGACAUAGAGAUGAAGUACUAAGUGCAGAUUUUAACAUAGAUGGUAGUAAAAUUGUAUCUUGUGGAAUGGACCAUUCUUUAAAGAUCUGGAGACUUGAUCAACCCAAAGUUCGGGAAGCUAUUGAGAAUUCUUACAAAUUCAAUGUCAAUAAAGAAAAUCGACCAUUUAAAACAGUGACAGACAAUUUUCCAUAUUUCUCUACACGGGAUAUUCAUAGAAAUUAUGUAGACUGUGUUAGAUGGUUCGGCAACUUCAUUCUUUCCAAGUCCUGUGAAAACAGCAUAGUUUGUUGGAAGCCUGGCACCUUAUCCCAGACAGACAACACUGUAGACAAAGACAAGGUCACUGUACUGCACAGGUUUGACUACAGAGAUUGUGAUAUAUGGUACAUGAGGUUCUCCAUGGACUAUUGGCAGAAGGUGUUAGCAUUGGGCAAUCAAGUAGGUCGCAUUUUUGUAUGGGAUUUGGAUGUAGAGGAUCCUCAGCUGACAAGGUGUACAACUUUGGUUCACCAAAAAUGUGCUACUGCAAUUCGUCAGACUCACAUGAACAGAGAUGGUAGCAUCAUUCUAGCUGUCUGUGAUGAUGCAACCAUAUGGAGGUGGGACAGAAUCAAGUAAAGACAUUCCAUGUACAACAAUAGCAAAUACAGCAUUUUUAGUGAACUUUUUAUUCGUGGAUUUGACAGUGGUGCCAUGAUUUUGAAGGAACAAGGAUAUGUACUUUAAUUGAGACAAAAAAUUGUAAAUAUCUAUGUGUAUAUAUAUCAGUUCGUUUUUAAGAAUUGAUGUCAUCCACACCAGUCUUUAUAUGCAGAAAGUAGAUCCAGAUGUGUGUCCGUUGAAGAGAAAGCAGCUUUAACAGAACAUUAUGAUAAGGUCACAUGUUCCAACAUGGAUUCUUUACACCUUAUAGAACACACAAUUGAAACUAUUAAACACCUUUUCAAAUGACUGUUGCAAUAGUUCUUUUGCAAGUUACCCCUGAAUAUAUCAAAGUCAGAAGGAUGCUUUAACUGUGAAGGAAGAAAGCUAGCAUUGCCACUUACAAUUUAUUGCUCUUUGCUUGAGGACUUUUUGAUAAUGAAAAUAUCUUGAAAAAUAGAUGUAGAGUAGCACAUCACUGAUUUCUUAUUUUUUUUACAAAAAAAAAAAUGCCUUGUAAAUAAAAAUAUACCAAGUUUUAGUGAUAAUAUACAUGGUUCUUUUAAAUAUUGAAAUAAACAUCACUAAAGAAAAUUA